AUGCUAGAUGAAGGAGGAAAUCUUCAGGAGCAAGGUAGAACCAUGCAACAAUUGAGCAAAGAGAAAUAUGGACAACUGCUGAGCAAAGAGCAAUAUGGACAACUGUUGAGCAUAUUGGAGACUUUUAAGAAUGGGAACAAUGGAUACAACGCAGGAAACAUAAACAUGACUGGUGGUGCUGUUAACUUUGCAGGUAUGACUGCUUGUCACUCAUCUGUUGAGUCAAGUAAACAGUCCUAUGAAAGUUUCAAAGAAAAUGCUGAUUCCUGGAUUCUUGAAUCAGGAGCUACUAACCAUAUGGCCUAUAACAAAGCCUCAUUAAGCAAUAUCAAAACUUUAGUUUACCCCUUCUUAGUCUCUUUGCCAAAUGGAUACAAAGUAAAGGUGACAAUAAUUGGAGAUGUCAUUUUCAGUCCUCUUUACACUCUAAAAAGAGUUCUAUAUGUGCCUAGCUUCAAAUUCAACCUAAUUUCUGUUCACUCAUUGACAGUCCAACUUGAUUGCAUCAUCAUAUUCACUAAAUUUUCAUGUAUUCUUCUACAUGACCUUUCACUGAGGAGGCCUCUGGAGAUUGAUAAGGCUAAAGGCAGCCUCUAUCUUCACUAUUCAAGUUCAGGAAAAAACAAUUCUUCUACUGUAAAUAAAGUCUCCACCACAUCACUCACACACAACUCUGCACCUAGUGCACCCAUCUCAGGAAAGCACACAGAUUUGGCAUCUAAAUGUGAGCAUCUAUCUCUCCCUUUUCCUCAUAUAGGACCUAACAUGAGUCAUGUUGAAACUGUCAAUCCUACUACUAAUAGUAAUAGUGGUGUUCCACAUCAACAAUUAAUGUCACCUGAACUCUCACUUGGCAAUGACAUUAAUGAUAACACUUAUGAACCUAUAUCACCAUCUCAACCAGACUGCCAAAGCUCCUCCGAUUCAAAUGGAACCUCCAACACAUCACUCGAACCUUACCAUAAAGAACACUUAAAACCCCCUAGCUAUUUGAAGGAUUACAUAUGCAAUGCACCCACUCUUAACACUAAUGGUGGGAAGCAGGUUGCAGGUGAUACUCAUAGUUCACCCUCUUUUUCUUUUCACACACAUGUUCCUCGUUUACAACCUGUAUCUCUAAAUGCACUGAGUAAUGAUAGUCAGCAUUUACUUGAGACUCUUUCUACUGACUGUGAACCUGAGUCAUAUGAAGAGGCAGCAACCAUACCUGCUUGGCAACAGGCCAUGAACCAGGAAUAUGAUGCACUUACUCCAACCAUACCUGGGAUCUUUUGUAAAGAUGACUACCGAGCAUUGGUUAGCAUAGCCACAAAGAAGAACUGGGAGAUCUUUCAGCUUGAUGUAAAUAAUGCCUUCCUACAUGGAGAUCUGAAUGAAGAAGUAUAUAUGCAAGUGCCACCAAGGUUAUCAGUAGACAAACAGAAUUUGGUGUGCAAACUAAAUAAGUCAUUGUAUGGAUUGAAGCAGGCAAGCAGAGUAGGCAAUUCAGUGGUUUUUGUAGCAGUUUAUGUGGAUGAUGUUCUCUUGACAAGGACAAAUUUAGAAGAAAUUAAGGCAUUGAAAACUUUUCUACAUGAGACUUUUAAGAUAAAGGACCCAGGGAGAUUACAUUACUUCCUAGGUUUAGAGAUACUAUACAAACAUGAUGGAGCAAUAAUCACACAAAGAAACUUUACAAGGGAUCUGAUACAAGAGUUUGAAUGUUCGCACUGUACCACAAUGUCCUCUCCGCUUGAUCCUUCGACAAAGUUAAAGGCAAAUGAAGGGAACCUGCUCACAGAUCCCACUCAAUACAGGAAACUAGUGGGGAAGCUGAACUUUCUCACCAACACACAACUUGAUAUUGCUUACAGUGCUCAACACCUCAGCCAAUAUAUGCAGAGUCCUCGAGAUUCUCAUCUCAAAGCUGCUAUGCAUGUACUCAGAUACUUGAAAGGUGAUCUCGGUAUGGGGCUCUUCUUGUCAAACAAUGCAGAUUAUAGAUUGAGAGCAUUAGCGACUCAGAUUGGGCAGCUUGUCCUAAGACCAGAAAGUCUGUCAGUGGUUUUAUUGUAUUGCUUGGGGACAGUCUAA